AUGGUGGAUGAUGAUUUCGGAGUCAAGUCGCUGGACUCGUCGGACAAUUCGCCCGCCGAGUCUGCCCACGACACCCACGCCGAAACUGAACACGACAAGACAAGCACCUCCGAAACGGAGUCUGUGCCCGAGGUGGCCACAGACAUUGACAUGCUCAAGUCCAAGAUGCACUCGACAAUGUUCGACGACGAGGCCGAGACCGACAGCGAGUUCGACUUCACGUGGGAAAUCUCAGACUGGACCGCGCUGCCCAAACGGGUGCACUCAGACCCGUUUGUGCACAACGGCGUGCGCUACCGGCUGCUGCUGUUCCCGCAGGGCAAGAGCCAGGGUGAGGUCUCGCUGUUUCUGGAGGCCGCGCCCGACGUGAGCGACGGAGCGCGUGUGGAUCCCGACUGGGCCGUUUGUGUCCAAUUCAGCCUGGUCAUGUGGAACCCCAACGCCCCCUACAUUUUCCAGAACAUGGUGGCGCAUCACCGGUUCGACGCCGAAGACGGAGGCGACUGGGGCUUCUCGCGGUUCUACGACCUUCGACGACUCGCCGCCCGCCACCUCGACACCCAACACGCGCUGCUGGAACGCAACGUGAUGAACAUCACCGUGGUGGGCAGGGUAUUCAAGGAUCCCACCGGCGUUCUGUGGCAUAACUUUCUGCGCUACGACUCCAAGCGUGUCACCGGCUAUGUUGGCCUGCGAAACCAGGGCGCCACCUGCUAUCUCAACUCCCUGCUGCAGUCGCUCUACUUCACCAACGCCUUCCGUAAAGCGGUAUUUGGUAUCCCCACCGGCGAGAACGACGCCGCCAGCGCCAAGGUGCCUCAUGCUCUCCAGCGGCUGUUCUACCAGCUACAGACGUCUGACGAGCCUGUCUCCACACUGGAGCUCACCCGGGCUUUCGGCUGGGAUUCUGCAGACGCAUUCACACAGCACGACGUGCAGGAGCUGGAGCGGGUGCUGAUGGACUCGCUGGAGGGAUCUAUGAAGGGCACCAAGGUGGACGGUGCGCUGUCAGAGCUGUUUGUCGGCCAGAUGAAGUCGUUCAUCCGGUGCAUCGAUGUGGAUUACGAAUCGUCGCGAUCCGAGGACUUUUGGGACGUUCAGCUCAACGUGAAGGGCAUGCAGGGCCUCGAAACGUCGCUGCGCAACUACAUUGAGGUUGAGAUGCUCGACGGCGAAAACCAGUACAUGGCUGAGGGCUAUGGGCUGCAGGACGCUCAGAAGGGUGUCUCGUUCCAGUCGUUCCCCCCAGUUCUGCAUCUGCAGCUGAAGCGGUAUGAGUACGACUUUGAGCGCGACUCCAUGACCAAGAUCAACGAGCGAUAUGAGUUCCCCCCCUCGGUGAACCUGGCACCCUAUCUUGAUCGUGCCGCUGACAUGUCCGAGUCGUGGGAAUACGAGCUGCAUGCCGUGCUCGUGCACAGUGGCGAUCUCAACACGGGUCACUACUAUGGACUACUCAAACCUGAGCGGGACUCUCCCUGGUUCAAGUUUGACGACGACCGUGUAACACGGGCCACCAACAAGGAGGUGUUUGAGGACAACUUUGGUGGCGACGGGCUUCACAACCAGCACAACAAGCCGCUGUCGGCCCGACAGCAGCGCAACAUGCGGUACAAGCGCCAGACGUCGGCGUACAUGCUGGUUUACAUCCGAAAGAGCCGUUUGGAACAGGUGCUUGGCAAGGUGCACGACUCGGACGUGCCGGCUCAUAUCCCGCAGGAGUUGAGCCAAGAGGCAGCCGUGGAGGAGCGGCGACGUCAGGAGAUGGAAGAACAGCACCUGUACAUGCCCGUCAGUGUUGCUUCCUUGUCUCAAUUCCAGAGCCACCACGGUUUCGACACUGCGAUCUGGUCUGGCACGUCCCUGGACGAUGCUGACCACGCCGGAGUGCCUGUGUCUGUGCGUGCUCUCAAAACCUGGACUCUGGCGGAGCUCCAGGCAGCCAUCGCCCAACAACUGGGACUGGAUGACUCUGCGCAGAUUCGGCUCAGAGGCUGUGUGAAGCGAAAGAACGGAACCAUCCGGCCAGACGCCAUCAUCGUCUCUCAGUCACCCGACGAGACGCUUGAGCAGAUUCGAGACAGGGUAUCUACUCGAACCCCGGAGCUUCGAGUGUACGUGGAGCAGAUCUCCAGCGACACUCCUGCCCCCAUGCCUACGCAGAGCAUUGUUUUUCUGAAGCAUUUCGAUGUGGAGACCCAGACUCUGGUGGGCGUGGGUCAUGUGCUGGUAGACUCCAGCGAUACGGUGGGCUCCAUCGUGCCCUACAUCACCCAGUCCAUGGGCUGGGAUGCCGCUACGCCCGUCGUACUCUUUGAGGAGAUCAAGCCUCGAAUGAUCGACAUUGUCAAACAGGACAAGACGUUUGACGAGGCCGAGAUCCAGAACGGAGACAUUAUCACCUUCCAACGAAACGAUGUGGCUCCUGCCGGUCGAGUGCGAUGCCAGGACCCCCAGCAGUACUACGACUUCCUCUACAGCCGACUACGGGUCAACUUUGUGUCUCGCCAGGACCCCGAGGAUGAGGAUUCAUGCGUGUCGUUGUGGCUGUCAAAGAAGGACUCCUAUGACGAUGUUGCGGCUGCUGUGGGUGAUGUUCUUGGCCAUCCCGGCUCCCACAUCCGUCUGUAUGUGACUAACAGCGACGGCUCUCCUCGAGCAAGCAUCAAGAGCAACUCUGGCUCUCUCUCGGCCAUCAUAUCGACCAACUACGUCUCCUCGCACAACCCUCUACUUGCGUACGACAUUCUGGACAUGCCUCUGGUGGAGCUGGAGACAAAGCGGAACGUGCAGGUUGUUUUUUUGCGUAACGGGCUCAGCACGGACGAAAAAUACUCGUUCCUGCUGCCGGAAACUGGCCAUGUGGGCGAUAUUGUGACAUCUCUCAAGGCCCAGGCCAAGGGGCUGGAGAAUGUGCCUCCCGAAGCGUUCAAGCUAUGGUUUUUCAACAACGGUCGAAACACUCAGUACUUCAGUCUGCAUGAGUCUCUGAAGCGGUUUCCCGACGACACCACGCUCCAUGCAGCCGUUAUGACUCCCGAGGAGCAGGCUGUUGUGAAGCACGAGGAACAGGUGGCUAGCCACGUCCCGCAGGUGGACACUGUGGACGAAAAUGGUACUGUUGUCAUGGCUCCCACUCCCGAGAUCCCAGCUUGUCCCUACAAGUGGGUUCAUUGCUUCCAUUUCUGGAAGGAUCCUAUGCGACCCCAUUCCAUUCCUUUUUCGUUUGCGGCUGCCCAAGGCGAGCUGUGGCCCGAUACCAAGCUGCGGCUCAAGCAGGUGACUGGUUACUCCGAUCAGGUGUUUGACAAGAUCAAGUUUGCAAUUGUGAGGGACGAUUCGUACGCCGAGCCCCACUACUUUGGCGAUGAGGACGAGUUGUAUGCCAUGGUUGGCGACAACUUGUUGCUGGGUUUGGAUCAUGUGGACAAGACGCCAUACAAGAAGGGCUACGGUGAACGGGCUAUUUUCAUCAACAAGUGA